AUGGGAAAGUUUCUCGAACAUUACACGACCUCAGCCAAGAACCUCGAGCUGCAACAGCAGUUGAAGGCCCAGCCCAGCAGCCGCUCCAUGGACUACGUGGACCAGGUUGUCUCGCAGUACGAGCGGCGUGUGAAGGACCUUAUGGAGCAGCUUCAGUCGAAGUGCAACGAGGUCUCCGGCCUCAAGGAGAGGCUGGGCGUGCAAGAGCUGCAGCUGCAGAAGGUGCUCCAAGAGCCAGAGCGUGGCCUAGUCAACGCACUGGAGUUCGAGGAGCAGCUCUCGGCCAGCCACGAGCGCCGCAACACGCAGCUUUCGGAGCAGCUGCAAGCAAAGCGGCAGGAAGUGGCAAUACUCAAGGAGCACUUGCAGGUGAAGAGCGAGGAGAUCAAGCAAAUCUGCGCAGCGCGGCCUUUUCAGAAGGUCCCGGAGGAGGAUCCCACUGAACGAGAGAAGCAGCUGCAGGUCCUGCAGGCGCAGCAGCUGCUCCUGAAGGAGCAGCUGACGGCCCAGGAGGCGGCGCGCCACGACGCGCAGAAGUCCGAGGCACGGGUCAGCGCCCAAGUGGCGGAGCUUUCGACAAGCCUCGAGAGGCAGAAGGAGGCCGCCGCCUCAGGCGCCAAGCUGCUGCGGGCGGCGCAAGUCGACUGCCAGGAGAUGUGGGUGGUGUCCCAGGAGAGGGAGGAAGAAAGGCGAAGGGCAGCUGUCCUCCAGCAGCGCAUGCAGGAGGUGCGCAGCCAGCAGGAGGACAUGGCCGUCGCCUGGAGGCAGGCGUCAGCGCAAGCAGCAGAUCUGGAGGCCGCCUUGGAGCUCCAGCAUCUUGCCGCUGCGAACAUGGUGCAGGAGCAGGAGGUUCAGCGUGAGCUUUGUGAGAACAGGAGCCUCGAGCUUGCCUGCGAAGUCGACCAGCAGCAGGAGGCGCUUGUGGAGAUGCGCACGAGGCUCGCAGAGCUGGAGACGGAGCUUCGGGCAGAAGCGCUGCGGGCAAGCCACUUCCAAGCCGAGUCCCAGCGCGCCGCCCGCCUGGAGGAAGAAGUCUCCACACGUUUGGAGCAGGCGAGUUCCGCAGCCAAGGAGGUCGGCAACCUUGAGGAGGAGACGCGGAGCAUGAGUGAACGCUUGGAGUUGGCCGAGCAGUUCACCGAAGGCUACGAGCGUCGGAACUCUGAGCUGGCGGAGCAGCUCACGAGCAAACGAAAGGAGCUCGCGAGCCUCAAGGCUCGAAUGGCUGCCAAGACCACGGAGCACGAGGAAGCGAUGGACUCGGUUGAGACUGAGGCACAAGAAGCUGCGGUGGCGGUCACGGCUCGCCUCCAAACGGCAGAGGCCGCCGCAAAGCGGCAGCAGCAGGAGCUACAGCAGUUGCGAUCCCGCUGGGAAUGGCAGGUCCAAGAACAGCAGGAGACGGAAGAGCGCUGGCAGACGGAUCUUCUGCAGGCUCGGCAGCUCCAGGCCACCUCGCAGGCGCAGGCCAAGAGCGAGGUUUUGGAGCUGCGUGUGUUUCGGACAGUUGGGCCGCGAGACUUCCUUGGCCGAGAAGUCUGGGAUGAUACGCACAAUUUGUGCAAAGAUCUUUGCCCCCUCAAGGCAGCGGGGGAGCUUUGA